UGGAUUCCCAGCAACUCAGUGUGAACAUUGCCAUUGGGUACUGACCAGCAGCUUUGGUUGAGGGUGAACGGUGAAUGUGAUCUGUGCAGUCUGGCCAGUAGCUUUGGUUGAGGGUGAAUGUGGUCUGUGCAGUCUGUCUGCUUCAGAUAAUCUGGAAUUUAGGGUACAUGCCUUGUUUUAGGGUUUUUUUGUUUUGUUUUUUUUUCCCAACCUUGCCUUCCAGAGUUCUAGCAGAAGCUGUUAUCUGUGCUGACAUCCAAAGAGCAAAGCCUGCCUCUCACUAUCCAAGUUCAGUGCAGUAUGAAGGUGAUAAGAAAGGAAGAGGUCACAUCAUGGGGGAUCACAGCUUACUCUCACAUGGCCUAACUCCACACAGCCGCUCCACGUACUAUAAAUGAAUCCUUAUGCUUCCUGAUUAUCUGCUCACCCUUGAGAAUAUUAGAAGAUGUAAAUAAUGGACCUCAUCAGUGCUACGCAGGCAGGCAGGCAGAUGAUCAAGACAUAAGAAGCAUCGCUCAUGCAAUAAAACAGUUCCGGAUCAGAGCCGAAAUAGUGACAGGAGAGAACUUCCUCAUCCUGACAAUAGGUGGUUCUGACUAGGUGAAUAGAAGCACUUGAGAAAGGGAUCACUUGAGAAAGGGUACAACUGGCAGAGUCACUCAAAUGGCAUGCUUGGUGCCCUGUUAAACCAAAAAGCCAGCAAAAGAUUCAAGAAAACAUAUGGUUUGUUACCUCCAUUGUUACAGCAGACAAUCUUAACCCUUUGCAGUCCAUUUAUUAAGUGCGCGUCAGGUGCGUCGGGUCCAAUUUAUUUUCACACGCGCAGUUCAUUUUAAUGCAUCAUUAUUUAUAGCUAUUUUGAAAGGAAAUAAAAUUUCACAGCAAAAAAAGAAAAGAAAAGAACGCCAGUUUUAUGGUCAAACAGUGCUAGUGAGGGCAAGUUUAACUGAGAUGCAAAACACUCAACAUUUUUUACAAGGAACUUUGAAAACACUAACACAGUAAAUUCAUAUACAGCAAAGCGGGAUCGCUGCUUUAAUAUUCUGUUACACUUCUCUUAAUAGGUUGUUGAUGUCCCUGCCCUUUAUAUGCUUGCAUCAGUGGUUCUGUAUUCUGUUGCUUCAGUAAUGCAUUUUAUCCAGUUUCCUUUUUAGUUUGCCAAGAGUGUUGUGAAAGACAGUUGUUAACUUUCAACUAUGUUAGAUGCAAUUGCUUUGAAUACAACUAUUCAUAGUUUGUCCUUUGGUUUCAUAUUCUGUAUUGGCACCAUGUUUCUGAAUGUAAGUGAAUAAAACUGACAAAGAUAAUAACACCCCAAGGCUCAAGAUGAGUGGCGAAUUCAGGAAGUGCCUGAGACAUUUCCAUUACUAUACAGCAGCAUGGUAUUAUUUGAUAUGCUUUAGGGGAGCCAAUAUACUUGAAAAGGUCAACACCUGUUUCUUUGUUAGAUCUACUAAUUACAUUUAAUACUAAUAGAACUUUAUUUGACUAGAUUGUAAGAACUCAGAAAUCCAGUUGCUUGUGUUUCCCAGGCAGUGUUUUGGUCAGUAUGUUUACAGUUUUAGCAGUCCAUGUAAUCAGCACCUGCAGUUCCAGCAGUCUUUUAUGACUCAAUGACUAAAGAACAUCUAAUCCAGUACAGACAAAUGGUCCCCUCCACCCCUGUCACUCACAUUUCAGGAGGUAUAAAUAGAAUUAGGAAUGCACAAGGCCCCCCUCCCCCCACCCCCCGUCCUAUUCCCUGUCUGACCUGAAUUCUGGGAGAAGCAACAGCAGGCUAGAGAGGGAGGGGGAGGAAAAGGGAGAGAACAGAUCAAGAGAAGGGAAGAUUGUUGUUUUACCAACUUUCAAAGAGUUUUGCUGUGCACUGAAGAGGGGAUGAACUUUGCAGUAGGCUAUAAACGGUUGCUGGGGGACUCGAACACCAUGGAUAACCUGGAGAAGCAGCUCAUCUGCCCCAUCUGCUUGGAGAUGUUCACCAAACCCGUGGUGAUCCUGCCCUGCCAACACAAUCUCUGCAGGAAGUGUGCCAAUGACGUCUUCCAGGCUUCUAACCCACUGUGGCUGUCGCGAGGCUCCACGACUGUGUCCUCAGGGGGGCGUUUCCGUUGCCCUUCCUGCCGACAUGAAGUGAUCCUGGACCGGCACGGAGUUUACGGACUGCAGAGGAACCUGCUGGUGGAAAACAUCAUAGACAUCUACAAACAGGAGUCUUCCAGGCCUAUCCACACCAAGUCAGAGCAGCAGCAGCUGAUGUGUGAGGAGCAUGGGGAAGAGAAGAUUAACAUCUACUGCCUGACCUGCGAGACGCCCACCUGCUCCAUGUGCAAGGUGUUCGGAGCUCACAAAGACUGUGAAGUAGCUCCUCUGCAGAACGUUUAUAAACGGCAAAAGACUGAAUUGAGUGAUGGCAUUGCUAUGCUGGUAUCGGGGAAUGACCUAAUCCAGGCUAUGAUCUCAAAACUGGAGGAAAUUUGUAAAACUAUUGAGGACAAGGGGCGGCAGCAGAAGCAGCACCUUUGUAGGAAGUUUGACGCCCUCUGCAGUGUGCUGGAGGAGAGGAAGAAGGCGCUCCUGCUGUGUAUUACCCAGGAGCAGGAUGAGAAGCUGGCCCACGUCAGGGCUCUGAGCCGGCAGCACGGGGACCACCUGGAGGGAGCAGCCAAGCUGGUGGAGACGUGCAUCCAGUCCAUGGAGGAGCAGCAGAUGGCAGCUUUCCUACAGCAUGCUAAGGAAUUGAUUACAAAGAUGACAGACACUGCCAAAGCAAAGAACAUGGAGAGGACUGAGCCAGGGUACGAGAACAUGGAUCAUUUCAUAAUCAGCACUGGAGAUGUUAGCGACAUGCUGAGAACCAUAGACUUCCAACAAGUGUCACAGGGAGAUGACAAUCAAGAGAUAUGUGAGGCUGAGGAAGAGGAAGAAGUGGCCCAGCAAAGCACAGAAGCCCAGGUCCAGUGAAGAACAAAGAGAGGAGAUUGUUUGCUUUAUAGCCCCAGUCGCAACAUAUCAUUAGCAUAGACAAUGCAAGUCUGCAGUUGGUUUUUCCCACCCAUAAUGAUGACACUGUUACAGUUCUAUAUGUGGUCUUUGACAUGGACAAUUCACAGUGAUGUCAACAACGGUACAACAUGAUAUCGUGUUAGAGAUGAUGGGUGAUGCUCUAUACAUGCAGUGGAAUUCUAUGAAUUGUAUACAGUUUAUUGUCAAAGGCAUUAUGAUAUUUUAGAACGCCAAAGCACUGUAUUUUUACAGAAGCUGCUCUUUCACACACUUAUUGAGCUAUCCCAGUGUUAAUAUGAGCAUCAGUGGUAAGUUAUCUGUGUUGUGUGCUGUGUCUAGUUAACCUCACUCUAAGUUUAAAUAGUGCAAACUGCUUUGGUGUUCUAUACUUACCAGCAGAGCAGGUACAACCUUUUCUAGACAUGUGUGCAGAGGGGCAGAUGAAGCCAUUUACUGGAGUGAGAUAGUACCUGAUGGGUUAUUAUUCUCUGUCACAAAUAAGUAUGAAAAGUUACCCAUAAUUUGAAUAUUUCACUAAUAAUAAUACACUCUAGAAACACCAUCAGUCAUUUCUGCUUAUUAAUGGACACAGAGACAACCAGCAAGGUUAAGAUUGUGUACGAAAAUGGCUUCAGAAUUAAAAAUACAGUCCAGUUGAAUUGACAGUGUUAUAUGUGGGUGUUGGCCAAACUGCUAUUGGUGAAACGCAUAUACAAAAGAGUGCAGGUGAGAACUGCAGACUAAAAAAUAUGGCAGUGAAAUCCCCACAAAGAGACAGCUUGCUACAUGCUGCUGGUCGUGGUGGUGGUGGGGCAGGUGUUGCUUGAAACAGGUGGGUAAUUGCUGGUAGGAUUAGUAAGUAAAGAUUCAGAAUGGGUGGAUAUUGGGAAGAAAUGGGGGUGAGAAACUAAAAAGUCAAUUGAACAGGUUGAAAAGUUAGUUUGAAAAGAAAGCUGUGGUUGUCUCUGUGUCUCCUAAAACCAAAUGCCAAGCCUUAGAGGUUCCUGUUUUUAUUGAUGUUACCUUCCAUUUUUUUGGUUUAUAUCACAUGCUAUUAUUUGUAAUAAUGCACACGUGCUUAUUUAAACAAGGUGACCUACAGUAUGCUCAGCCACUGAUUCACAGGUUUAAUGUUAAACAUCCAAAAAGACUGAUGAUUUCCAUGUACAACAACAUUUAUUUCUAAAAACACUGUAAUUGAACUGUAAAACAAAAUAAUCAUUCUGAAUAAAAAAAAAAACAUAA